GAUGAAUGUAGCUUCGUAUGUUGUUUAUUGUCGCAAUUGUUUCUGAUGCAAUAGAGCUAUAGAUUUUAUACUGGAAAAUAGAUCAAAUAAUCCUCCAUUUGAAUUUAAUUGAACCAAUCAAGUUAAAAUGGAUAUUUUAGCAGUACAUAGAUGAAAUGUUUUAAAUCUCUCCAGUCAGAAAAUGAGGGACAAAGAAUCAAUAUAAUUUUUUUCAGUUGUGUUUGUUUAUCUAUUACAAAGUAUUUGUAUUUGCUUGUCUUGAGUGUGUGUCCGUUUGGUUGGUCAAUUUAUGCAUUAAAAAAAAAUCUUGUAGUAAUUUUAAUUUUUGUCACAAUGGGAGACUAUCUAUGAUGUUAGUAUCUAUUGUGCUACACACACUUUGUGCUUAUACCUUAAAUAUACUAAUGACAACAAACACGGACAUAUGGUCUACAUUUACACACCCGUACACACCUUUAUAGGUGUAUGUAGGAGCAAUAUGUCAAUAGAUUACAACAUUAAUUGUACAACACAUAACUAAAUACUUGUAUUUGACGAAUGUAUUUUAGCUCGUUGAAAUAAAACUUCCCGUUACUACUUGGUGUUCAUUUUUCAAUUGGAUUAUAAACUUUGAAUAUAAAUCUCUCUUCAUUUCACAUAUCAUUCAUAUGCAAAAAUUUAUUGUGAUGCGUUUCUAAUAAAUUAUUAUUAAACUAGACAUUUAACACUGAAAAUAAGUAACAAUCUACUCAUUCAUUUUCUUGUUAAAAAUCAUAAACAAAAUUCAAGCGAAAAGAAACAAUGACGAAAAUAACCUUUACUUCGUGUUUUAAAUGCCUCAAAUAUUCCAUGUUUGUAUUUUGUUUGAUAGCAUGGGUUCUUGGUUUAAUCACAUUUAUUGUUGGUAUUGUGGCUCGUGUAAAUGGUAGCUUUGGAAUUUUAGAUGCACAUAUACCAGCUGUUCAUGCAGGUGCUAACUUACUUAUUGCUGUCGGGUUUUUCAUUAUGAUAAUGGGUUUCUUUGGUUGUUGUGGUGCCAUUCGUGAAAGUCAAUGUUUACUGUUUUUAUUCUUUGCAUUUGUAUUCUUUUGCUUCACUCUGUUAAUGGCAGCUGGUUUAUGGGCUGUUGCAUGGUCGUCUAAAGUGAAUCAUUACAUGUAUCGUUAUUUAGAAGAACAAGUGACUCGAUAUCGUGAAACGGAACCAGAAAAUGAAAGUACAAAAUUAAUGGAUUUUAUACAAAAGAAAAUGUUAAUCCAAUUUUUGUGGUACAUAAAAACAUCAAUGUUCUGGAUGGGAGCUUAUGUGGCAAGCCCAUUUGACUAUUGUAUCAUUUAUCUAGUCAUUGUAACUCAGACUCAAUUCACUAUGUUAAUUUCGGUGUGUAUGAUCGAAAGUAUGUCUGUACAUUAACUCUUAAGCUAUUUUCCUAUUGGUUUCAAUGUGCAGAUAAUCGAUAAUCUAUCCACACCCGAUUAACUCUCAAAUAUAUAUGGAUUUUUAACAGACUCACACACUCUCUCUCUCUCUCUGUUUCAUCGUGUGGUUGCUCACCGUACGCUUGUGGAUUAUUAUUAUUCAUUAACAAUAAACUAUCUCUAUAACUGGUGUUCAGGCUUUUUAAUAAUCUCGAGUAAAUUCGCAAUUCUACUAGGAGAUUAAGCCUACCUAAAAUACUCAGUUACGGGAUAUUAUUAUUUGGAGUCAGAUAUUGAGGACAUUAUGCUCAACAUACUCUUUAAAUAACAUCUCCAAACCGUAAUCUCCCCGAUUACUGCUUAUACUCUUAUUACCUCUACGUCUACGGGAUUUGAAUCGACAACUGCAUCUCUGUGCUAAUGUGGUGUGGCAACUCGAACUGAUGUACGUACGUACGAAGUUCUACGUUGUUACUGACUGACUGACUGACUGAGUUGGCAUUGGUCAGCAAAACAAUAUUUACAGUCUCUUCGGAAUAUUGGAAUACGUGUCAGGUAAUAUCAAUCAAGCAAUGCCUGACUUCCUGUAGAAAUAAAACAUCUACAGUGUUGAGGGAACCAAUGUUGAUCCGAACUAUGGAAUAAAUAAUCAUGUAAUUGGUUACUACUCAGUAGCUGAACAGUCCACAUUUUCGGUGGCCCCUAACUGAAAAAACUACACCUCUCAGCAGUCAGUUAAUAAUCAUCAGUAUAAAAAUUUUCACAGAUUGAACUCAUGAGUCAGUUGAAGCUAGACCACCGUUGAAAACCUGGAAGCACUGGACGGCCGUUUCGUCCUAGUAUGGGACUCCUCAGCAGUGCGCAUCCACGACCCGGGGCUCGAACCCAGGACCUACUGGCUUCGCGCGCGAGCACUUAACCAUUAGACCACUGAGCCGGCAUCCAACGGUGUUAAUGUCUAACUUCAACCAAUCCACGAAGUUGCGCUACCGUACACCAUUGUCUUCAGUGAGUUCCUAUCUCACAACAGACCUGGUUGAACUCCACUGGUAACGACUUCUCACUAGAACUCCAGAAGUGUCUCCUGAAGUCAGUCACUAGUGAGCAGGUGAUUAUUAUUAUCAGAAUGUGUUUUGUGGAGAUUUUUAGAAAUUUUCACAGAUUGAACUCAUGAGUCAGUUGAAGCUAGAGUUCAACUGUGAGUUCAAUCUAUGAAAUUUUCUAAAAAUCUCCACAAAACACAUCAGUAUAGAGGAAAUUUCUUCGGGCGGCGUGAAUACCUCAGUGAGAUUACAGGCAUACCUUGCUGACGAGUGACAACUAUCAAGAAACCAAGUUCAAGCAAUAUUUCCUGUCGACUACCUCCAACCACCACCUUAAAGUUGUAAACUGUCUACUAAACUAAUUUGGUCAGAUAAUAUAACUACAUUUUUAACCCAGCGAUUCAUUGUUGCAAAUAGUCUAGUUUUAUGUGCUAGUCCCUGUCUUAUCAAUAAUACUACUAUUGGCCGGUUCUGAAUCCAGCUACUGAAGAGACAUCACUCUCUCUAAUGUCGGAACAGGCCUUUGUAUUAACAUUGAACAAGUAUGGACUUUAGAUGAAGUAAGGUGUAUACACAAACAUUCAUUAAAAAGGGUCAUUGACGUUUUCCAUAAAUAAAUUUAGGGAUCCAGUGGUAAUCUGUAAGUCGAAUAAAAUAAUAAGGAGAUAAUUUAAUGCGUCGAUUAAUAUACCUGUCGAAUGAUUAUAGUUUCGUGAUCGCUGCGUAGAUUUUAUCCUGUUUUCCAUAGUGAAGUUCAGUCUUAUGUUGAUUACUUCCCAAUGAUUCUUUAGUUAACAUUAGAUUAUAAGAUACAAAAACGGUUUCAACUAGGUUAGUUCAAGAUGUCAUUGGAUUUCUUGGAUAAAAGUGUUAAUUUUGACUAGUAUUUUGAGUAAGCUGAGACAUUGCGAAAGAAAUGAAGAUGAUGUAACAGCCCUAGGAAUAAUGUAUAUAUAUAUAUAUAUUAUUAUUAUUAACUAGAGCACUACUUAUGUCUUAUCCAGUUGUAGCCUAAUCAUUCGUCGGAUAAUGUUAAGAUGAGACGAAUACGUGCGGUUAACAAACUUUAGAAGCUUAGUUUUUUUAAGAGUAGGUUAGUGUUUAUAUUGUUAAUGUACACUUUUUAGGCAUUUAGUUUAUGGGAUUUCUACAGUCUCCUAAUUGUAUACAUCCAUUUGACUUUUAACUGUCGUUACAUCGUUUCCUUUUCCAAAAUCAUUGUAAUUUAAUUAAAAACCUGUAAUUCACAUUUGUUCUAGUUAGGUAUGCAUCUUGAUUUCUUGAUUAUGUUGUGUUUUGGUCCCACAAUUUAUGUAUAUCAUACAUUUUAUUAAGCUAAUAUAUAAAGGGGGCACAAUGGCUAUUUAUUUUUCGUGUCCUGGUUGGGGCUUUGGGACCUAGAAAUUCUGGACAGUUUGAUAAGCAUUAGCAUAUCAGAUCACUGAGUCAGAAGGCAUCAGUGUUAUUUAUUCAAACAUAGCUGACCAGGGUUAUAUCAAAUAAGGUUUACUGUCUUUCCGUGUUCACCUCCAUUUUUAUUUUUCUCAUAAUCUAAUAAGUUGUGUAUCCUGUAACAAGUUUUAAGUCCAGUUUCUGGUUCGUAACAUAAAUAGGCAAUAUUCAAUGUCGUCAUACAUAAACAAUGUGAAAAUCUAGCUUUUCAAAACAUUUUCUGUCUUUAAAUUUAAAGCGGUUAGAAAUUUCAAUUGUAAGAUAAAAGGCUAUUUUACUGGAUUAUCGAUGACAAUUCGUAGUGGAAUCGAUUGCGCACGUUUCGCUCUAUGUAGGACUCAUCGGUUACAUGAAUUGUCAUCUCACUUUUGUUAAAUUACACCAAGGCAAGUUCUUUUGGUUAAUGGAUAAAUAAUAUUUGUCCACUUUACUGAUAAUUAUUAUACAGACGGAGUGAUCAAUGACUGUAUGUGAUUGCACGGUCGACGGGUUAUCUAGAAAACUUAGUUACAAAAGUACGGAUAAUAUUGAUUCAUAUUUAUAAAAAUAUCAUGUGUCCUAGAUACAGAUUAGUUACACAUAAGAAUAUGUGAACAAGUUGUUGCCUAUCUCAUUUACUACUCCCAUGUAGAUAGUUAUUUUUUAUGCAAAAUACGAUUUUAUUGCUUAGUAUUAAACCUGGAUUUUAAUGAUUUUAUUAUCUGUCAAAUAUAAUUUCCAUGUUACACUUUUAAGACAGCAUGCAGGAAUCUUAGUGAAUUUAUUUAUUGAUAAAAUCACUUUGGCUUACCAUUAUGAAAUAUAUAUCUAUUUGGGAUUUGCUAUAAUUAGUUAUGAUCACGUGAUCACAACGAAACUUGAUUAAAUGUUUAAUAAAGAUCAUACCGCAUUAAUGAUCUAGAUUUUGUUGUAGUAACAAUUGCAGCCUGAGUGGGAGAAGAACAAGACGGUUGUCUAGUUUGGUUUUAAAAUGCAGUCAUUUUAUAAUAUCACAGAUAAUGGUAUGCUCAAGGCUAUUGGGAACACAAUUAGCUGGUAAAAUAAAAUAUUAUUCAGCCAAUCAAAAUCAACUGUUCAACGCGAUUAACAAUAAAAUCAAUACUGUUCAAAUGACUAGGUAGGGGUAUCAUAUAAGUUGAUUUUUACUCUAAGUGAAUAAUAGUGAGUCAUUUAUCUUGAAUAUCCAGCAUGUAUCCGAGUUAUUGAAAUGUUAUGGAAUCUGAUUGACCUAAAAUUUGAAUGUUUUGACGACAUAUCGUUGGACCAGAUAUCAGUUAUUUUAUUACUAUUGUUUUUUAUGCUUGACUUAAAUGUAUAUUGCCAAUGUAUUUGAAAGUGUUAGAGAAAUCGUGUCCAAACUGCAGCUCAAGCGAAAGUUAUUUCAUUCUAUGCUAAUUUAGGAAACAUGACAAUGGUGGACUAAUACAUUUACUAUGUACCGUUAUUUAGUCACUAGUUUCUGGAUGGAAAUAUUGGAAUGAAAUGAAAGUGUAUUGAAACAGAUCAUAAUUAAAUGACUAGUUAACUGAAUUAGUGUAUUUAUUAUCACGCCUACUGGUACAUACCUCAAAUGAUGAUUGAAGUCAUCAAAAGAUCAAAUCCCGACGGUAUUUAAAUCUGUCAAGUUUAUAAUAAAUUUAUCAGCCAACAUCAUGUGAGUAAGAGUAUCUUAAUAAAUGAUGAAAAAACUGAAAAUCUAAGCCAUCAAAAAAAUAUCAAUGCAAGUUUCUUUCAUUUCUGAAUAUCUCAUAGUUUUCCUUGCAAAAUAAUACAAAGUAUCUCAUAAAUGUUGAUUACAACAAUGAUAAGUACAAAUUUUAAUCUGUUCUCUUGGUAAAAACGCUUGGUUUAUUUCCUUCUUUCUGUAACUCAGAUCAAAUUGACCUAUUUAACUCGUAGGUGAAAGUUACUUAGAAGAACUAAACAAUUUUGAAUAAAUCGACGGUUUGAUUUCUUGUUCAUAAUCACAUUCUUGCCAAAAAUUUAACAAAGAAAAGAAAUAUGUUUCCAGAUUUAAUUUAUCAAAUAGAUUUGUUAACUAUGUGAAUAACUUUCAAUCAGCCAGCUACAACUUAUGUCCAGGCACAUAUAUACAUCAGUACAAGUUACCACACCUCAUUAGCACAACAAGAUGAACACCGAACCCGUAGAAGUAGUUACUUCAAUGGUGGUAAUAUACAAAAGAAAGAUUGCAUUUCUUAACAUAAUAUUUUAACUUCAUUUACCUACAAAAUAAAGACAAUUUGUCCGUUGAGUUAUAAACUCACUAGCAGAUAACCCUCAGCUGGCUCUCUCAAUUCACUCAUCAAAUAUUGAUAUCAAGUUUAUUCUUUUCUUUGAAUAUAAAAUGUAAAUUAUUAUUAAUGUUUUACUGUUUGUUCUCGGUUUUUGUUUUGUUUCUUAGUUCGGUUGUUGCGGUGUUACUUCAGCAGCUGAUUAUGGCACAAGAUCCCCACCUAAAAGUUGUACAGUAACAAAAUCUAUCCAGUCAUAUUCUAGGGGUUGUCACGAAGUACUCGUGGAGGCAUGCAGAUCUAAUUUAUCUGUAAUAUGUGGAAUCGGGAUUAGUUUCGCUUUGAUUCUUAUAUCUGGGAUGGUGUUCUCUAUGAUGUUGUGUUGUGCUAUUCGUGAACUCAGUUGAGCCAUCAUCAUAAGAUGGAAAGUCGAAGAGACAAGUGACAGCUUUGUUAUGAUCACUAGAUAUAUGUUAAUUUAACUAUAUACAGAUUUAUAUUCACCAGAUCAUAGCUAUUACUAUCAAUAUGGAUGUUUUAUUGCUGUUUUUCAAGGUAAAAAAAACAAGAUACUGACAAAAGAAUUGGGUUCAUUACCUUCAAACUAUUCAUUUAGAUUUUUUUAUUUGUAUCUUAUUGCUUUUAUCAUUGUCCUAUAAAAAGAGCUUUAGCUAUAUUUAUCUGUUUAUCGAACGUGAUGUCUGUUAAUCAAUUGCAAUGCUAUGUCUAUUUAUAUAUCCACCAUAUAUCUAUGUUUAUUUAUCUGUUUCUAUCUAUUCAUCAACCCUGAAUAAUUAUUGCAUUUUAAUUUAUAUUUUCGGUUGGAAUGUGCAUUCUUUUGUGAUUGAAUAUUAUAGUACUUCUUAUCAUAUACCAAAUGUAUAUUAACAGGUUCAAUAACAUUUCUGUGAAUCAAUUCUAAGUAAAUCGUGUUUGAUGCUGGGAACUUCAUGUAAACGAAAAUCCAGCUGUUAGUAUGUCAUUAAUUAUUAUAUGACUGUGAAAUAAGAUAUUUUAGAACAUUCUUAGACUUUUUCACUUAAGCAGGAUUUAACCAUACUAUACUGUUCAAUGAAUCACUGUCUAGAAAGUGAAUUUAACGAAAACUGAAAAAAUAGUGAUAUGAAUAUUUCAUCUAAUAAGUAACACUAUAAAAUAAGCUAUGAAGCAUGGGAUUUAAACCAAACACCCUCUAAUAGCACCAUUCAGUGUAAAUAUUGAAACGUAAGGUUCUCCUUGUUCUUGUUCGAAAUAUAUUCGAUACGUUAAAGAACCGUUUUAUUUUUCAUUUACUAAAAGUGAGCUCUAGAAUAGGUCAAUAUUUUAUUGAGAUAUUGAAUGAUGAAUACUCUUUACGUCUAAGUGAUCACAGAGUAGUGACCACCAGUGUCAUGUUUGCCUGACUCUAGUGCUAAUCAAAUCCUAUCUAUCAAGUUGCACUACGGUCAUUGGUCUAAGUAACUCAGCAUUGCGCGUACUGUGGCUGAGUUCGAUUCCCACAAGAAGCAUCAUUUCAUACAGGAUUACAGGUACGUUUGAUUGGAAAAUCUUAACUAGCACGAAACUAAGGUCUAGGGUUCUCUUCCAACUACAUUCAACAACCAUCUAUUAGACAAACGAUCUUGUAGUAUACCGAGAAAUAGACUGAAUCAUACUGAGAAGGAUGAGUUUUUGCUCCAACAUCUUCAUCUUAAGAUAGAGGAACUCAUUUUAAACCUAAUACAGUUUAUGUCAAGACAGUGUACUCACCAAAGCUCCAACACUGUUUUGCCAGAGAUUCUUACUUAGAUCUAUCAAUCGGCUUAAUAGCUGAUUUCAAGGUUAUCUUUAGCUCCG